AUGAAGGAUGUUGACAAGCUCCCGCGUCGCACAAAGUGGGAGCCAAAAUACUACGAGCUGAAAGGGCCAAAGGGAGUGGAAAAGGUGAUCUUUUGGUGCCGAAAUAUGGCCGAUGUCUUUUGGGACCUCUUCGGGAUCCUGGCUCUAAAAGACAAGUACCACUUCCGGCCAGAACAACACUACAUGAAGCGUGAUAAGACAAACCGGCAAUACGGAGAGGCAUGGUCGGCAGAACAAUGGUGGAAUAUCCAACUAAAGAUCAAGGAUUGUUUUGCAACCGUUGGGCAAUAUGUGAUUGCAACCAACCAGACCCCGUUGACUGGUUUUUGUGGUAGCAAGAAGGCCCAUCCAGUCUAUUUUACCAUUGCCAACCUACCAAAACAUAUUUGA